GUUCUAAAAUUUUUUGCCGGCUAAAAAGAAAAAAAAGUUUGAUUUAUUUCUUUCCUUGUCACCUUCUUUUGUAUAUAUACGCUAUGGGCAUAGUCUCUUCCAAACCCAAACCUGAAACAGUCACCACAACAACCACAGAAACGACUGUGAAAACCGUCAUAGAGGAGAAGAGUAUGAAGCGUGCUUCUCCUGCUGAUCUCGAAAAGACAAAUAGCAAGAAAAAAAAGAGACCGUUCAAAGGCAAAGAAAACAAGAAAAAGAAGCACUGCCACCAAGGCGAGCUUGAACAAAGACCUGAACAUUUAGGACCCAAGGAACCUCGUAUUCCUAAAAAGAAAGUAGCCCUUUUGGUAGGCUUCAAUGGCACUGGCUACCAAGGCAUGCAAAUUAAUCCAACUGCUGUUUCUAUCGAGGGCAUAUUGUUUGAAGCUAUGUGCAAGGCCAAUGCUAUCUCUAAAGAUAAUUCGGAUGAUCCCAGAAAAUCCGCUUGGAUGCGAGCUGCACGCACAGACAAAGGUGUUCAUGCUGCUGGCAAUUUGCUAUCACUCAAGAUGCAGAUUCCCGAGGAUUAUGAUGUGGUUGAACGCAUCAAUUCUUUCUUGCCACCUCAAAUUCGUGUUUGGGGCUAUGUUCCUGUGAUUCGUUCUUUCCAUGCAAAGAACUUGUGUGACGCUCGGGUGUAUGAAUACUUGUUGCCUACCUGUGCUUUUAUGGCGCCUGAAAAGAAGGUUAUCACAGAUCAACCUACAUUUGAUAACGACAUUGUGCUUUGCGAUAACCGUACUUCUGAACCUGUCAUUAAAUACACCACACGCAGCUCUCCAGAAUUGAUUCAACAAAGACAUGACUACAGAGCUACUCCUGAGCAACUUGCUACAUUUAAGCAAGCCUUGGCUUACUUUGAAGGCACACAUAAUUUCCACAACUAUACCAAUGGUAAAUCAUUCAAAGACAAGAGUGCACAACGUUAUAUCAUGAGUAUCAGAGUGUCAGACCCUAUUUAUAUUGAUGGCUCAGAAUGGGUCAGUAUUAAGUUACAUGGACAAUCGUUUAUUUUGCACCAAAUUCGAAAAAUGAUUUCAAUGGCCAUGUUGGUAACUCGCUCAAAAACGCCACUCUCUUUGAUCCCCAAGACCUUUGAAGAAAACCGCAUCAAUAUUCCCAAGGCACCUGCUCUUGGUCUCUUAUUAGAACGUCCUAUCUUUAAUGUCUAUAACGAAAAGAUGCGUUCAAGAGCAACAGAAGUAGAGCGUGCUGAAAUUGACUUUGAUAUCUACAAGGACCAAAUUGAAGCUUUCAAGCAGGAAUGGAUUUACAAGAAAAUCUUUGAUGCUGAAAAUCACGAACAUGUUUUUGAUGGUUAUUUGACAUCUUUAGAUGCUCAUAUUGGACCUGAUUAUGACUAUUUGAACCCUGAAGGUGUUAUUCCUGACGCUUGUCUUGUUCAAACUAAAUUCAAUACUAAGGCUGCAUCAGACGAUGAAGAGGAAGAAUAGACAUGUUACACAUGGUUUAUGUAAAAUUUAUGACUAAAGAAUAAUACCACGCUUAUUGAAUAAAAAAGUGUGUCUCUCUCUUUUUUUCUUUA